CAAAACUGAUCUCUCUCUCUUUCGGUGUGAGUUCAGGAAAAUGGCUGAGGCCAGUAUUUCAGUAGAUCAGCUUUCUGUGGACCAGUUCAUGUGUCCAGUGUGUCUGGAUCUCCUGAAGGAUCCGGUGGCUAUCCCCUGUGGUCACAGUUUCUGUAAGGCGUGUAUUAAUGGCUUCUGGGAUCAGAAGGGCGUCUACAGCUGUCCUCAGUGCAGAGAUACUUUCACUACAAGGCCUGUUCUACGCAGAAACAACAUGCUGGCUGAAGUGGUGGAGAAACUGAAGAAGACUGAAGUCCAAGAUGUGGAGUGUGAUUUCUGCACCGGGAGAAAAAACAAAGCCGUCAAGUCCUGUCUGAUGUGUUUGGCUUCAUUUUGUGAAACUCAUCUGAAACCUCAUCUUGAAGUUCCUGCUUUGAAAAAACACACAUUAAUUGAAGCCUCAGCAAAACUCCAAGAGAAGAUCUGCUCUGAACAUAACAAGCUGAUUGAGAUCUACUGUCGUACUGAUCAAACCUGCAUCUGUUAUUUGUGCAUGUUGGAGAAACAUAAAGACCAUGACGCUGUUUCACUUGCAACAGAAAGAGAUGAGAAACAGGGGUGGGUUUCCUGA